UACAACCCUUCUUAUUCCAUUAUAACACUAACAGUGGAAACUAGGAGUUGAAAAAAUUGUAAUUAAUUUUUCUUUUACAUUAUAUUUGGAAAUUAUGUCAACUGCAGCAACGGAUCGUUCUAUUAGAUCGGUAUUUGUGGGUAACAUACCUUAUGAAGCAACAGAAGAACAGUUGAAAGACAUUUUCUCAGAAGUUGGACCCGUUGUGAGUUUCAGACUUGUUUAUGAUCGAGAGACGGGAAAGCCCAAAGGUUAUGGAUUCUGUGAAUAUAAAGACCAAGAAACGGCUCUCAGUGCCAUGAGAAACCUGAAUGGUUAUGAAUUGAAUGGCCGACCUCUGAGAGUAGACAAUGCAGCAAGCGAGAAAAAUAAAGAAGAAUUGAAAAAUUUACAAGCAUCUCUGGGAGGACCACCCACAGAGAGCCCCUACGGGCCUGAAGUUGAACCUGAAAAAGCACCAGAAGCUAUUUCCAAGGCUGUAGCCAGUUUACCACCCGAACAGAUGUUUGAGUUGAUGAAACAAAUGAAGCUGUGUAUCCAGAAUAACCCUAACGAAGCCAGAAACAUGCUACUUCAAAACCCCCAGUUGGCGUAUGCAUUGCUGCAAGCCCAGGUGAUGAUGAGAAUCGUGGACCCUCAAGUUGCACUGAGCAUCCUACAUCGACAAAAUCCUAGUGCUGCCUCUGUGGUGACUUCUUCCGAGAGCAAUACGUUGGUUGCGACUGCUGUGAACUCGACGCCAGUAAGCAGUCAGUCCACUUACGGUGUUGGCGUUAACAAAGACGCACAUGUCUCUGUACUACCUCCUGCUGCCUCAUUUGGAGAUCAGAGUUAUGGGAUCAGACCACCCAUUGAUACACGAGGCUCUGUGCAGCAACAGCAGCAGCCCCAGCCAGCCCCUCUUGCUGUUGGAAAUAGGCCUCGUGCCUCUCUUCUCGGUGAUCGACCUCCAGUGAUGGAUGGAAACUACUCAGAGAAUCGGGGGCAUGAGAUAUUUGAAUCCAGAAUAGAUCACAUGGGAGACCGUGAUCUGCGUCAGCCAAUGGGAGACCGGGACAUGCGACAGCAGCUGGUAGACCGGGACAUGCGACAGCCAAUUGGAGAUCAAGACCUUAGACGUAUGUCUCCUUCUCGGAACAUUAGUGAGAAUCAGCCAUCCUUUGAUUCUCGCAAUAGAGGGGGAAUAGGGGGACCUAAUUUUACAUCCACUGCCACCACCAUUCCUUACGAUCCUCGGCUUUCUAGAGGCGAUGUGGAUCAGAGAAAUCUUUUUGACUCGCGUGUUCCAGCCCCUGCCAACAGGGAGGACCCACGUGGGGUAAAUCUGACUAGUCAGAUCAGGCCACAGCAGCAAGGACCUAGGAUGGCAGCACCCAUGCCAUCAGUAGGCAUGCUAGCUUCGAUGAUUCCAAUGUCGGCCAGGCCAACAAAUCCAGCAGCCCACUCGGCAUUAGCGGCGGCAGCAGCCGCAGCAGCACCUCAGGAUCAGGAAAAGGCUGCUCUUAUCAUGCAAGUACUCCAACUUUCUGAUCAACAAAUCGCAAUGCUUCCACCUGAACAACGACAGAGUAUCCUGAUUCUGAAGGAACAGAUAGCUCGUAGUACUCAGCGACCUCAGUAAGGUCUCGUGGCUGCUGUGUCAUCCUUUUUUUUGGGGGCAUUUAUAAAAUAUUUCCAAUCUUGUUCCAUUUCAGCAGAAUGUAUGCUAUUGGAAGACAAAUAAAUGUCACUUUGAUUAUUAAAGUGAAAUCUGUAACGGCCAAAAA